AUGACAGAUAUCACAAAUAAUAAAAUAUAUGAAAAUGCAAAGAAAUUCUUGGAACCUAUUGAAAAUGUCUAUUCAGGAUCGAAUGAAAGUAUCCAGGAAGCUGCGUUAUUGGGUGAAUUAUUAAAAUUAUUAUCUGAUUUGCCAGCAGAUUUCCAUUUGUUUUGUGAUCCAAUAUUUGAGCCUAUUUCAAUUUUUUGUUUAACAAUAUUUUCAUUUAAUGAACAAGAAACAGUUAAUUGGUUAAAAACUAAAUUCAAUCCGACUUUAUCGUCAUGUAAUAAUUGUGUUUUAAAAUUUAUAAGAGGUAAAUGUAGAAUGCUACAACAUUUUGCCAUACGAAGACAUGUUCCCCAUGAACAUGUUUCAAAAUUUAAUGACAUUGUAUGCUCAUGGAGAUCUGAAGCUUUGAUGCCAGUUCUAACAAGCAUUGCCGUAAAUGGUACAAGAAUAGAAAUUACUAAAAAUGUGGAAACAGCAUUAUUUGAAUGUUUAUGCAAUCCACACGUUCUAAGAUUAAAUUCAAAAUUAAAGUCUGCUUUUAAUGCAAUUUUUAAAUAUUUUUAUGUUUCAAAGCUACCAUUAUUAGAUUUUGACCAUCCGGAUUCAAUCAAUACUUUUGUAGCUGGUGUAAUAUACUGCUUAUGUGAAGGUACUGAGGAAGAAAUUUUAUGGGGUAGAAGUUUUGCAAAACGACUUUUAUCUAAACAAGUGACCUUCAAUUCAAAAACAAUAACCUCUGAUAUUUUAGAAGAAUUAAACAUGCAUUUUCUAUUUUUACAAAACCCUUCAAAUUGGAAUGAUGUAGUGAUCUCUUUAUUUUGGUCCAAAUUAAUUCCAAUCUUUGCAUUAUUUGAAAAAGAUGUAUUUUCUGAGUAUUUUGAAAUCCCCAAAAACAAGAUAUCUUUAGAAAAGACACUCAAAUUCCCAAUUGAAUCAAUAUUCAAAUUAUGGUACAACCAUUUAAGUAGACCAAGUCGUGAUAAACCAAUUGAGUUUCUCCUAAGAGCACUUAAUCUAUUUUUAGAUAAAUGGAAUUCAGAAUUUUGGAAGAAAUUAGAACCAUAUACUUUUCAUAAUUUAUUAGAUAUUAUUUUUGAUAAGGCAAUCUUUGCAACAAAGCUAAUACGAAUUCAAAAUAACCCAAUUCCUGACGAUGACAUUACCACAAUGCUUUCUCAUAUGGGUUCAAUUACAGAUUUGGUUUCUUGGACAUUGCCAUUUUACAGCUCACUAACUUCUUCUAAAAGAAUUCAAAUGGUUAAAAAGGUUUCAAUGUCAUUUUUAAAAAUUAUGGUCAAUUUUAAGGAUUUAUCAUCAAUUUCAAAGGCAUGUUUAAUUAAUUCUUCAACUGCAUUACUAAGGGCAGUCUUGUCUGUAAAAGAAGAAGAACGUUUAUUAUUAUACCAGAAAGAUAGCUUCGAAACCGUUCUUUAUACCAAAACUGAUUCACGUAUUCUUUUAAAUAAUCCUCUUGUUCAAGAUACUUUGCUACGGUCUAUUUCUAAACCACUCGAAUUAUAUCCAGGCUUAGGUGAAUCUGCCACAUCUGUAUCAACUUCUGCAAUGAUGGUAUUAACGAAAGCAAUCAACUUCGAUAUUCUUCUUUUGUGUGAGUUUACUUAUAAAAUUUAUAAGAAUAAACCCAUAGGAAGUGUAUCAUUUAAUAAAACCUUAAUUGAAAAUCUUUCCCAAAGAUUGGAUCUAUGCUCAUUCCACGAUGGACCUCUCUUGGCCAAGCAAUUGUUAACGUCCCUAAGAAAUAUAAAUGGUCUUUUAAUUGUUCCUUCAAAGACAAAAGAGGCUAGUACAAAUAAUGAAUAUGUUGCUCAAUUUUUAUCAUUCUCAACAAACUUAAUUGAAAAAUUUGGUGAUGUCCUACCUCAUGAAUUAAAGAAAAUUUUAAAUGAUGAACAUGCGGCACAAGGUUUUUGGUCUUGUAUAUUUUCUGCCAACACAGAUGUAUAUCAGACAACCACAAAUAUUUUAUAUGAUACAUUUGAUGUUCAAGGUAGACUGGAAGGUAUUCAAGCAAUUUUAACUUUAAAUUUAGACGUUCAAUUACAGGCAAUUAAUAGCGUGCUUUCACAAUUAAUAAAAUGUGAAUUCUAUGAACCAUGUCCAAGAGCAAUUAAUAUUUUGAAAGAUAUUAUUGGAUCAUUUUUAGAUCCUAUAUCGGGUAUCUUUUCUAAUUAUGACACUCUGAAAAAUGUAUCUACUGAGUCUACACUAGUACAAUUUUGGCAAUUAAUAUGGUCCUUUUUAGAUAUGAUAUACCGUAGUACAUUAACUUGGGCCACCCAAUAUGAAUACUCUGAACUUGAAAACUUCACAAAAGAUACACUAGAUUUGAGUCGUUUAUUGAUUGAUUCAUUUAGAGAAUAUUCUGAUAUUCUAAAAGAUCUUAACGCAGAUUUAUUUAAGUGGGUUUUUAUCGCUUUUAAAAAUAUGCUGUAUUGGCUAAGAUUAAGCGACGAGGCUCUUUUAGAAUCAUGUGUAAGGUUAAUCGUAAAUACAUCUGAUAUUGCUGUUGAAAAACAUAUUAAAUUUAAUGACGAAGUUGUAGAGAUGAUGGCAAAAUAUGGUUCCAAAGCCAAACGCUUUUCAAAUAGACUUACAGAUCAACAAACAGAGGAAAUUCUUACAAAAUCUAGACUAUUCAAUAAGCAAGUUACAGAUGAUAUUGUCCAUGAGAGUGAAGUGUAUCAUAAAGAAAAAGCAAAAGCUAAAGAAGUAUCAGUAACUCUUGCAAAUAAGACAUCGUUACCUCAACAACAUGAAUCUAGGGCUGAUAUUUUACAGCGCAAGGCCACAUCAUCUUCUAUCAUGGGUCGCCCUAAGGCUACACAAUCUAGAAUUACGUCAUUUGGAACUCUGCAACCUUCAAGUAGCAUGACUUUGUCCAGAUCAACCACAGUAAAACCUUUAUCAAAAAUGGAACUUGCUCGUAAACAACUGAUGUCAAAAAGAGUUAUACAUCCAGCCAGUACUACCGUUUUCCACACAAAACCUCAAACACAUAAACUUGAUGAAAGUAGUAGUGAGGAAAGUGAUGGAGAUAUAGAAUCUGCGAGAGAACUAUUUGCAACCGCUAAGUCAAAAACGAAAACUAUUGAAACUGUUGACAUGACCGGCAAAAUAAUACAUAAACAAAAUGCUGUUGAUAGAGCCAAGCAGGAACAAGAAUUUAUGAGAAGAAGGCUGAAUAUCGAUCUAAAUCCAUUAUAUGAAUCAAUCUUGCAAUGGGAAUUUACUAAAUCUGAUGAUUAUCCUGAUACUAUUAAUGCACAGUCAUUAAAACCUGUCAAGGAUAAAUUUUCUUCCGUAGUAGACUAUCAAAAUACCAUGCGUCCCCUUUUACUAUUAGAGUGCUGGCAAGGGUUAUGCAACACUCGUGAUAAAGAGGAUUUUAGACCAUUUAGCAUAAUCGUUGGGAAUAGAACCGCAGUAUCCGAUUUUUACGAAGUUUAUGCAAGUAUUCCAAAACAAAUGAUUCAGGAGAGUUCAAUUUCGGAAUCUGAUUUAAUUGUUUUAGCUCAUUUUCCAAAUUUAUAUCCUAAUCAAAAACUAACUAGUGAUGAUUUUAAGCAUACGCCUGAUACGUGCCUAGCUAAAAUUAAAUCUAUGAAGAAUGCAAAAGGUGAAAGAGUUGAUAUCACAUUAAGAGUUCAUAGAAAUCAUAGAUUCUCUAAAUUUUUAAGUCUAAGGACAGAAAUCCACGCAAUGAAAGUGAUGCAAAUGACAACUGUAGAAAGAGAAUACACAACAUUGGAGGGUCUAGAGUAUUAUGAUCUUGUUAACCAAAUUCUUGAAGCAAACCCUACACCACACGUAGAAGCCUCCCAUGGCGAAAUUGAGAGGGUUAAAGCAAAUUAUAAAUUGAAUACUUCACAAGCAGAAGCAAUUGUAAACACUGUUUCCAACCCAGGAUUUUCUUUAAUCCAAGGUCCUCCUGGUACCGGUAAAACAAAAACUAUUCUAGGUAUCAUAGGAUAUUUCUUAUCUACAUCUAAAAUGGUUCCCAGCAAUGUCAUACGCGCUCCAGAAGGCGUAACUAACUCAGAAAGCAGCAAAGAUAAAUUAUUGAAGAAACAAAAAAUACUUAUCUGUGCCCCAAGUAAUGCUGCUGUGGAUGAAGUUGUGUUGAGAUUAAAAAGUGGUAUAUAUGAUAAAGAUGGGAAACAUUUUAUUCCAAACCUAGUGCGUGUUGGUAGAUCAGAUGCUGUCAAUGCAGCUAUUAAAGAUGUAACUUUAGAGGAAUUGGUUGACAAAAGAUUGGCAAAGAAAAACUAUGAAUUCUCUAAUAAUCCAGAACUCAAUAAGACUUUUAACGAACAAGUUGCGAAAAGACGGCAAUUACGUGAAAAGUUAGAUAGAGAAAAUGGCUCUGUAGAAAGUAAAUUAUCUACUGAAGAUAUUGCCAAUUUACAAAUCGAGAUCAGACAACUAAGUAAAAAUAUUAAUGAGCUAGGUAAACAGAGAGACGAGAUAAGAGAACGUAACUCAAUUAAUUAUAGAAAUAGAGAUCUGGAUAGAAGAAAUACUCAGGCUAGUAUUUUGGCUGGUAGUGACAUUAUAUGCUCUACCUUGUCAGGGUCUGCGCAUGAUGUUUUAGCAUCUCUAGGUGUGCAGUUCGAUACGGUCAUUAUUGAUGAAGCUUGUCAAUGUACUGAGUUAUCUUCGAUAAUCCCUCUACGUUAUGGUGGGAAACGUUGCAUAAUGGUUGGUGAUCCAAAUCAAUUGCCACCUACUGUACUUUCAGGUGCUGCGUCAGAUUUUAACUAUAACCAAUCCUUAUUUGUUAGAAUGGAGAAAAACACAAAGCCAUAUUUAUUAAAUGUUCAGUAUCGUAUGCAUCCACUAAUUAGUAGAUUUCCUUCGAAGGAAUUCUACAAACGCGAACUUAAAGAUGGCCCUGAUAUGGAAAAGAUUACAGCUCGACCUUGGCAUUCCUUGGAGGCCUUAGGUCCAUACAAAUUUUUUGAUAUUGUUAGUGGAAAACAAGAACAAAAUAUUAAGACUAUGUCUUAUGUCAAUCCUGAAGAAGUCAGGGUUGCAAUAGAGUUGAUUGAUUAUCUAUUAAGACAUUUUGAGAAGAAGGUUGAUUUUACUGGUAAAAUUGGUGUUAUAUCACCCUACAGAGAGCAGAUGAUGAAAAUGAAGAGAGAUUUUAAUUCUUAUUUUGGUGGGGUUAUAUCGACAUAUGUAGACUUUAAUACUAUCGAUGGGUUUCAAGGUCAAGAAAAAGAAAUUAUAUUAUUAUCAUGUGUUCGUGCAGAUGCUUCUAAAACAGGCGUCGGUUUUUUGAAAGAUUUUCGUAGAAUGAAUGUUGCACUAACCAGAGCUAAAUCAAGUAUGUGGAUUCUAGGUCAUCAUAAGUCGCUUUAUAAAAAUAAAUUAUGGAAGCAUUUGAUAGAAGAUGCUCAUAAACGUAAUGCCCUAACUAGCGCUUGUUCUGGCUUUUUAAAUAUAAAUAAUGCUCAAGCACAGGCUAUUUUGGAUAGGCAUAAGAACUCACAUUCUUAUUUGUCCAAUGGAUCAACUUCAACUAAGGAUAUAAGCUAUCAUAAAAGAAAAUCCGAUGAUAUGUUCCCUGAGCCAAAGAAAUUUGCUAAAUCUGAGAAUAAUGAGAAAAUCGAUCGAAGAGAAAGUAAAGACUCAGGAGUCACAAAAGAAGCUGUAGAAAAGAAAGAAAAGAAAGAAAGAAAAGAAAAGAGAGAUAAAAAGAAAAGAAGGAUAAAAGAAAAGAAGGAUAAAAAAGACAAACGAAAUAAAAAGGAGAAGAAGGAAAAAGCUAAAGAUGGUCCAUCUUCGACUACUGGAAAUUCAUCAAACACAGUAGCCAGUGGUACCAAAAAGAAAUCUUCAAUUUUUGGGGCUCCCUCUUUAGUUACUGAAAUUAUCGAUACUAAAACUCGUGAAGACUCUAACAAUGGUACUGUACCCAAAAAACACAAAAAAAUUGAUACCCGGCAUGUUUCAUUCUCAGAUUCUGUGAAAUAUAUACCUAAUUCAGGGGAAGAAGAUAAAGACGAAUACAUUCCUUCUGCGGCUACUGAACAAUUUAAAAAUGUUGAAAGGAUCAGAUCUCCUCCCUUGCCUACUGAACUUUCUAAUACUGAAACUAUCCCAAACAUUGAUGAAGAAGAUGAUUAUACGCCUGUCAUAAAGCAACAACCUACAAAUAAGCCUAGUAAUAACUUAACUCGUACUAAUAGCAAUGGCUCCAGAUAUAGUGGUUCCCAUUUUAUGGGUUCCGAUAGCAAUAUCACCGGACCUAUUACAAGUAGGUACAAUCCUUGUGUACCUCAAAUUGAUUCAAACCCUGUGAGAUAUGGGAAUGUUAGAAAUAACGAUGGCAGAUACGUCUAUGACAAUACAUCAUAUGGAAUGAGACCGCCUAUGAAACAGUUUGUAAAGCCUACAAAUUCUGGUAGUUUCCCCCCAUCAAAUAAUAAUGGCGGGAUGUCUUCUGAUUAUUACAAACGUAAUGCUAAUGAUUUUAGCAGUACCACCUCAUCUACUUAUCCUAGCAAUUAUUCUCCUGUAGGAAAUAACAAUAAUCCUUCCUCAUAUGACUACUCGAAACCAGGACCUCCACAACAUUUAUAUCCUCCCAAUAAUUAUCCCAAUAAUUCCAAGGGUAGUAGGAGCAGAGGGUCUAAUUAUUCUCCAUUUAUACCAAAAAGAAGGAGGCCACACGGUCCUUAA